UGGGACGCCAAGGGCGGCAGCAUCUGUUCAUAAAUUUACUUGUUCUUAUAACUGCUCCCCCUCGUCUUUGCUUUUCUUCAGACUGAUACUACGAGAGUUGAGCGUGGAGAGUGCGUCUCGUCUAGCCCACCAUCCGACCAGCCCUUCACCUGCUUGGUUAAUGCGCAUCGAUUUGUAAGAAGACAGGCAACAACAUGACAUCAUCUGCAAACGAGAGUUCUUGCCAAAUCCGUCGUAUACUUUUAGAGUUGUUCUUCAUCUCCUGUUUGCGCGACGAGCCAGAGCUACUCACUCUUCUCUUCUUAUCGGUGCAGAGAGCAGAUGCAAACUCGUCUAGCUGCAGUUCAAAUGAAGGACGAGAGUGUUAUUUGCUAGCUGCGUAGACUAGCUGAUGUGCUUCGGAAAAAUGAAAAGCGAAGGAGAGUAUCAUAAUAAGUUGACGGACGAGGUAUGCUAUUUUCAUGCUGCCGUCUGUAACUGUAGCUUUUCUUGGGAAAAAAGUAGGAAAGUGUAAGUGAGCUGCUUAAUAUGAUGAUAAAAACGUCACCCUCCCGUUCACCAGACCUCAGUGGAAAUUGGAGUCAAAAGGCCGUGUGAUUUUCUUUGUGACUCAUUUCAGUCGCACAGAAAUGCUUGGUAUAGCAAGUCAGUGUACUUUUGCUGUUGUUUUCGUAUCAUUUUUGAAACAAUUUUCACUCAUCGAAUAAUCAACUUCAGUCGUGUCUUAUUUGUAGAUUUCUGGCUUUGAGUACUUCUCAUCAAAUCGUCUUCAGAUUGUGAUAAUUGAGACUUGUAGCUUCUACAAGCUAAGCUUAAGAGCCACUACCUCUCGCUCUCCAUACUCCAACUGAUUCUUCUAACUGUAGUCGUUAAAAAAUGGCUGGGACGUUUAGCAAAGAGGCUCCUCCGAAAGAGCCGAAGCCUAUGAGCGAAAUUCUCAGUAAUGCAGGCAAAAGGGCGCUAGGUUAAGGCUCAAUAUAUUUCAUUCAUAUUGAUGGCGUAUCUUGCCUAUACGCUCACUCCUUCACAAGUGAGCCCACUCCUAUCCUAUCCCCACUCAUUUCUCGUAGUUUCCUCCUUGCAAUUCUGAGGAAAGGAACGAAAGAAACGAAAUGUUUUGAGCUCUAACUAGGAGGUGGAAUAGCGGGAUCCGCAGCCAUGGUCGUGCAAGUGAGCACCCUCAUGUGGAUACGGACAAUCAUGAAUUAUCAGUACAACUAAAGAAGAUUACAUUAAUUUUAGAAUCGAUUUGGAUCUGAUAAUUGAUCCCCUGUUUAUGGGGUGGAUCUUCUGACCUUAUCACUGCUCUUCGAUUUGUUUUGCUACAUUCAUCAUUUCUUCGCAAUUUUCUUCACGUCCAACAAACACACCACCACGAGGUACCGAUACGGAAUGGGUCUUCGACAAGCCACAUCCACACUUUAUGCAGAGGGUGGCAUACUCCGAUUUUACAGGGGUUAUUUUGCCGCGAUAGCGCAAGGUCCACUGUCAAGAUUUGGAGACACAGCAGCUAACGCAGGUGUCUUGGCACUUCUAGACGCCAAUGAAAGCACAGCAUCAUUACCAGCUGCGGUAUAGUUCUGCCUUUUUUUUAGCAAGCUUCGUUGAUAAUAUAUUUUUUCUCUUUCUCUCACAGCUUGAAUAAAACUUCGAUUUUUACGUGUCACUUCUCAGUCACUACGUGUAUAACGAAAAAGAAAAUGUCCACAACCGAAGACAAAUGUCCUACCUGCUUCAUCAGCAAGACAAAUACGCACUUAUAACUACCAACUCCUAAGGUGAAAACAGUUGGCGCCUCUGGAAUGGCAGCUACGUGGCGUAUUGCGAUUACACCUAUCGACACAGUGAAAACAAUCAUGCAAGUUGAAGGAAAACCUGGCCUCGACAUUCUAUUUGCGAAGAGUAGAGCAAAAGGCCCUACAGUUUUCUGGCAUGGUGCGGUUGCAGCCUCAGCGGCUACGUUUGUUGGUAUCUAUGUAAAUGUAUAUUGAUGGGAGGUACUCAUUUACUGGAUGACCUCACAGGUAGACAUGAACAGCUACAAACGAGGUUCCAUGACAUGACAUAUUGAUAAAUAGAUAAUGCUGGUGCAGCCUUAAUAGCCGUCACAUUUGUUGGCACUAAAGUUUUCUUUUUGCACCCUCAUCUUCUCGUACUCAGGUCAUUACCCGUGGUUUGCGACAUACAACACCUUGCAAGAAGUGAUUCCUCAGUAUGACGAGUUGCCGAAAAAGCUGGCACGUAAUGCAGGAAUCGGCUUCGUUUCUUCUGUUAUAUCGGAUACGGUACUUCUCCUUCUGCUACGUACUUUCUUUACUCUAAUAAAAUAUUACCCGCGCAUUGUGUAGCUGUAGCUGCAGCGUUACACUAGCAGUAUCUUCAGUUGUAUUGUAAACCAGCAAGUACUUUUACAUCAAAGACUCUUCUAACCCAUUUCUUCCGUGUACAUAGACAUCCUCCCCCUCCCGAAGUCGUUCAGGUCAAUAAAAUCACAUCAACUAAGUACGCCCUCCGACACACGACUACCUCAUGCAGCUGUCUCGCCUCUUCAAUUAGUCAAAUCAAUGAGAUCAAGACAUCUUGAUGAAUGAAUGAACAGAUUUCCAACUCCCUUCGCGUGGUGAAGACUUAUAGGCAGACGAAUCCAGACCCCAUCUCGUAUAGCGAAACAGUGAAAAAAAUAGUCGAUAAAGAUGGCUAUGUGGGUUUGUUUGGUCGCGGACUGCAGACUCGCAUCAUUUAUGGCUAGCCUACUAUCGUUUACACUAUAGUCUACUCGUAAAGAAAACGUUGUAAAUUUGGCUUACCGGAUUUUCAGCGGAUUUUUGAUAUUGUUUUUUUUUAGUGGGUGAAAUUGAUGGAAAAUCAAGUAGCUAGAGGCAAUUUAAGAAAAUGCAUCUUGGACCCAGUCAAUUUUAAAAAAUUAGACCUCCACGAUGCACGCGAAAAAAAUGCACUUGGAGCACACUAAAAACUCACACUUUGAGGCGUUGCACUUGAUAAAAAUCACACUACACCCAGGACAUCAAGAAAAUGCGUCUCCAGCUUCUUUAACUUAAAAAAAUCAGACGAGGCUAAUCCACGCCAAGAAACCGACUGGCGAAGGAACUUAGAAUCUAUUUUUAAAGGCCUUUAGACUUGAAAAAGAAACUCCUAGAGGACCUGCCUCAGAAGUUUCAUUUUAGCGGCUUCAAUUGAAGAAAGAUAGAGACUAGCAGGGCCUAUCAAGAAAGCGGGAGUCUUGCUUGAUCUUGGUGGCUGCGACAGUGAUAGACUUAGACAGAGAACAAGAGGGGUCAUCAUGAUCGUGAAAAAGUAAGCGGCGCCAGUCUCAGCCGCUCAGACGCGGCGCAAACAUGGAAACAGACGACGCGCGACCGCAGUCAGCAAGGCGCCGCUUGUUGGGAGCUUGUUUGCUUUAGCGCAAGCAACUGAAGAAACAAAAAGAACAAGAAGACCGCGACAGGCAGCCGAUCCGGAGGGCGCACCUCGAAGGUCAUGGCUUACUUUGGUACUGGUCUUUUCAGUUUCUGUCUGCUUUUGAGUAGCUGCUUCUCUAUCUGUGGCACAAGAUGAAGGGCAAGGGCUACGACAGCGACUACCUUGACCACUGCCACCCCCACUAGUGCUAGCAGUAGUGGAGCCAGUGCUAGCACUAGUAAGAUUCUGCGUAAGGUUUGCCAUGCCGAUACUCAUGGCGAUCGUGAGGGCCUUAGUCAUGGCGAUGGCCGCCGUGCGUUUGCUUUUGCUGGGGAGGGGGCGAGGGCUGGCGAUAUUUGUUUUGAUUGUAAGCGAAGCACGAGCAGAAGCACGCUGAGCGCUGCCGCUAGCCGCCGGCUACGGAUGAGCCGCGGAUGGGGUGCAAGGCUCGGGUGGCCGUCGCCAUGUCAGGCGAAGAGCCUCAACUCCGGGGGGGGGGUAGUCUAGUGGCCCCACCACGGUGGGGGCUUGCAGUAGCUGGCGCUAGUUCUGGCGCAGCUGUCUCGACUAGAAAAGCGCGGGCCGCAGACAUGGUAGCAAGAAGGCGGAGGCCGCCCAUCGCCAGGACUACUGCUACUGCGUCUACUGGCGCUGGUAAUGGCAGAGCUAGCGCUUGCACUACUACAGACGCAGGCACGAAUAGGGCUACCGCUAGGCUAUGCGGUUGCUUCGGUUUGGAUAGUCUAGGCCCAACCCUGGGCCUUUGGCUUUGCGCUACUUUCUAUCAAAGCCAAAGGCACGGCGGCAGCGUCGAGGCGUUUCGACUUGCGCGCCCACUCUAGCAGUAGCGCGAUCUUAUCCUUCUACCCCUUACCAUUUGGACUCGUCAUCUGCGUCUAGUAUUUGGGGCGCAGUCUGGUUCUAGUAUAACUAUACUGAUUUUGAUUAGGUGGGCUGGGCGGUCGGGUGGGCGCGCCCGUGCGCCUGCGGUAGCGGCGGAGGUGGACACGCGGAAACUGGCCUAGGCGUAGGCCUGCUGCUUUGGUUUUUUUUGCGUUUGGGUGUGGUACCAGCGGGACUGGGGCUAAUGCGAUUUGCAUGCAAAAGUAUAAGAUUACGAUUAGGCUUAACAACGACAACUGACUACCAAGAGGAAGACGAAGAGGAAGAUCAAGACGAUGGCCAUGAUCUGGCCCUGAUCUGAUUCCGAUCCAGAUCCUGACGCUGAUGGCUGACGAUAGUAGUAAUAUUUUUGAGCCACGAAAUGCCUUUGCCUUUGCUUGAAGAUAGUCACGACGAUGGUCAUGAUCUUGAGUUACAACUACUUGCUCCCCUUGCUCUAGUAGUAUACGCAUAGCUAUAGUUCUUGUUCUAGUGUAACUGGUGGCAAUGCUGCCACCGACGAACAGCAAGGGGCACAGUUCGGCGCGAAGAAAUGGAGUAGAAACAUGGCGCCAGAAGCGGCGAAAGAGCGGCAAACACGCAGAAACUGGAUCGCUGAGGAGCUCGAUUUCGAUCCUACCGACGUCGAUCUCCUUGGUGGCUUCGAGAUUCGGCCUACAGUGCAAGGGCUGGCGUGCAAGUUGAGGACGGACAGCACGGAACAAAAGCAGAACAUCUCGACUUUGCGGCAUGCUAAAGUAGAUGGCCAGAAAGUCCUAGACUGCCACAAAUGCGGCACAAAGACCAAAGCGGUAGGUCUCCAGGAUACAGCGGCUGCGCAAACGUUGCUGACGCAGUUUGCGACGCGAGCUCGGUUUCUUUGUCUAUUCUGGAGCAGCUACAGCAUGGCAAUGCCAAAGGGCCCGGAUGGGCUCGCAAUACUAACAGAAGCAUACGAGUGCUGGAUGGCGCCGCUAGAGCCCCUACUGGCGACCCUCCAUCCCCAGACUGUACCAGAAGCAGACACCAGUAGGCCCAUCCAUCCUUCUACGUGGAGCUGGCUGCGCGUCGCCACUGCGGCAGAGAUGCGGAAGCUGCGGCACCGAAACCGCCCAGGCUGGCGCUGGCGUGGACCUGAAUGGCGUCGCAUCAGUAUUGGGAACAAGCUCCGCUGCCACCACACCGAAGUCACGAAGGAGAAAGCACAUCGAUCCGAAUCAUGUCACGCAUGGACUCGAUGAGGACGAUUCGGGGGGCCUCCUCUUCAAGGAUAGGCAACUCGACGCAGAUCCUUCACUAGCAGACGACGCAGAUGAUGCCUACUCCGAGCACGAUGAUGAAGACCCGGACGAGGAGGGGCUUGCCGACGAACGCGAUUCGUGGCGCGAACGACAAGACGUCGAGGGGAGUCUCACUCUCGGCUUCGGGAUGUUCGAGUGAGACGAUAGCGACAAAGAAACUAACUGAGAUACAGACGCUCCCGCUUUCACUUAUCCUUGAGCCCUAGUCUGUUGCAAUUUUAUACGAUCAUAGUGAUGCAGAUACUGAUAGAGAUAGCGACCAUCACGAUAGUCGCACUUCUAAGACAACUCCAAUGAUUACGCUUCCGAUAUGAGUACGACUACGAUAGCAAGCAUAUCGACUCUUAGCAUUAAGAUUAUGGGGCUCAGAUAGAUACAGAUAGGCUCUCCGUCUUCCAUAAGCAUAGCGAUUCCGUUGGCGACAACAUUACGCCAUGGCCAUCGCCAGCCCCACAAAUAAGCAAGAGAACAGAAGAAGAAAGAGACUUCCAAAACAAUGACAAGAACUACAACAGCGUCGAGCACAGAGACUACAGCAGAGCGCUGCUAUUACAGAGGCAGACUCUGACUAUGAGUAAGCUGAUUCUUAUUACUAUCGCCUAAGUGAGGCCAGACUAUUGGACUACGAAUGAAUCACAACCGUACCCAUUACCAUUCGCAAUUGCAUGCAGAAAGACUACUUCUAUGACUAAGACAAAGACUAUGCUUAUGACUGUUGGACGAGCGUGCUACUCUAUGACUUGGCUGCUGAUUGUUGAAGAAGAGCAUCGAGCUAAUGGAGCUGAUUGCGACUGGAUCCCGAUGCCAGUCAGCGCGCGACGGGAGAUUUAGAACCAAAACGAAAUCUAGAAGAAAAAUCCACCCACUAAGACUCGGUCGAUUGCUGUCUUUCAAGGCACUCAAUCACCACCAGAGUCCGAAUAUAAUAAGGCCAAUCAGCCUGACACAGGGUCGAUUUGAAGGGUGUCAGCAUGUUUUUAGGCCAAAAAUGGCCACAGAAACUUGCGGACUGUAGUGGUGAUAGGAGAAAAAAGGUGGCCACUUUGAUGGUUUCCCUUAAAAAUGGCAAAAACGGGCUUUGCGGAUUUUUAGUAUCGACGUCAAAGUGGGCCCCUUUUUGAGGUUGCGGAUUUUCAUUAGCACGACUAGACUCCGCGUUUUUGCUGCUCUGGAAGUAAAUCCAUUUUGACACCUAAAUUAAAAAUCCGCAAAGCCCGAUUUUGCCACUUUUAAGGGAAACCAUCAAAGUGGCCACCUUUUUUCCUCUAUCACCACUACAGUCCGCAAGUUUCUGGGGCCAUUUUUGGCCUAAAAACAUGUCGACACCCUUCAAAUCGACCUUGUGUCGGGCUGAUUGGCCCUAUUAUAUUCGGACUCUAGUGGUGAUUGAGUGCCUUGAGAGACACCAAUCGACCGAUCCUUGGUGGGUGGGUUUUUCUUCUAGAUUUCGUUUUGGUUCUAAAUCUCCCGUCGCGCGCUGACUGGCAUCGGGAUCCAGUCGCAAUCAGCUCCAUGAAGUCGAUGCUCUUCGUAAACACCACAGUCACUAUUUCUAUUGCAUUGCAGUCCCAGACCCAGUCAGUAUUUAGCAACGAGAUCGAAGCUGUCGUAGCCGUCGGGCUCGAAUCUGGGUGAACGUGAACGAGGCCAAUUCUAUACGUAUCCAGCGCGAGCAAAAUCAACAAGAAGAAGAGAGCGAGGCCUAUUCUACUCGUCUUCGCAGAAGUUGGGCUUGCACUUGGAUGCUUGUCGAAUUGUCCUGCGUCGCUUCGUAAGCCUCAAGUCCGGAUCUGAGUGAAAGAGCGCAAUCCCAUCCAGCGUGAGCAAAAGCACAAAGGAGAAGAAAGGGAGAGAAUGCGCCGCCUUCGUUUGUUUCUGAGCAGUAGACUCCAUCGCUAGCCUUACCUAGUACGAGCGUCGAGAUAGCUCGCAGUCGUUAGCUUUAGCAUGAGCGUGAGCGUCGAGCAACUCCUCCUUUCGCAUUCGGGUUCGCUGUCUGAUUAUGAUUUAGCAUUAGAGCCUGACGCAGAUGCUGACUUCUUUGCGCAAAAGGUAGAGGCAAGCGAAGACGUAGAUUGCAAGCGCCGCCCUUUAUCGAUUGCCGUUAGCUACUUUCACUCUGCGCUGUCUGUGUCUUGGCCAUUGGCUGCAAAUCGAAGCCCAAAGCUGAAGACUGCCGCUAUUAUAUUUAUUUUUAUGCUGACCCAAAUACAAGACAACUUACAUACCCUGCAUGUACAUAGGUAGCAAACGUAAAAGGCAAGACGAGACGAGUGGAGUUAGACUCCCGUCUGACGAACGCAGUCUACUACUUACGAGCGAAGCUUCAGCGCUCUUUUUACAGAAACAGCAACGGCUACAGCUACAGUCUGACGCCAUCUACAAAAGAUCUAGAUCGGCCAAGAAUCACAAAGACAAAAGUACGCUCCUCACCGUUGCCCGUGCAGCUGCAAGCUGAGCAGCAGGCUCUCUCGCUAUUCGUAUUCUUCGCUGAGCGUGAACGUGAACGAGAAUCAAAACCAAGACAGAGGAGAAGCAGGCGCCAGGUAUCCACACUCUUGCCCCUCUCUAGCCAUACCCGUAUAAGCUUAAGCAUGUGCGGAAGUGAGUGAAGAUGUGUAGCGUUUGUUUUGCCAUUGUAGUGCAAUUCCGCCACUGCAGUGAUUCAGCAGCUGUUCCUGACAUGACUGCACUAAUAGAAAACCAACAACAGCAACGACUACAACUCUAACACUUUGCGCUUACUCUCAGUCGGUCUCUGACUCUUCUAGGCUAUGGCUCGACGUCGAUUUUGGUCUCGUCCUAGUUGUUAAGUGGAGAGAGACAGCAAAUCCUUAAGCUUAGCACACAGGUCGAGACCUAUCCGAGAUUAGCAAACCCAACCCCGCCGGCAGAAUGGACUUCGAUCCCAAUGGUGCGCACCCCUCUGGUAUGGGUUUCCAGGACUAUGCCCAAGCGGAAUGGAACGCCGGGGCGGAAGGAUGGAACGCCGGGACGGGGGGCGAAGGUUACCAAGUGGACGAGUAUGAGCGUGGCACGGAGGCCGCGACGAUCCGGGAUGAUCAUUAUGAGAGUCCGAAAGUGAAAACCAUGCGCAUGAGCAUGAUCGUGAUUGGAUACUAAUACUAAUACUAACUAUGGAGGUCAAGCCUCACUCUAACUGUAGCGGUGCUGCUACUGCUAGGCGUUGCUGUUGCGCCCUAUACUCUUACUCACUCUCACACGCUAACGCUUACAAUUACGCUUACAAUUACGAUCACGCUUGCCCCUCAGAGUCAUCCACUUUCCAUAGCGUCCCAAUUCAGACGCUUUCUCUAAAGAGUAGUAGCUAGUGUCUCUAUUUCUUUGCAUUCGAAUUGGAUGAAGUUUAAGAUCGACAUUGAGACUGACGCUGAGCAUCAGCAUGAGCGUGAACGUCUUGCGUUCAGGAUCAGGCUCACGCUGCACAAAGGCAGAAUCAAUAAGAAAGCCCCAAGACAGAGAACGAGAAGCAGGGCAAUAAGUAUAACUCGCCAUAAGAAUAAGCCCCCGCGGUCGCGCUUGAGUCUCGAGUCUGUGCCUGGCGUCUGAGUGUGUGUCGUCUGUGUGAGUGAGAGUGAUAGAAACUGGCACCGAGAUAGUCACACUAAAUCAUCAUAGUGCUAAGCUUUGGCUUAGGCUUACGCGACUCCAACUGUAGGACUGAGAUAGUUCUAGCUUAGAUUUAGGCUCGCUUUUAGUAGGACUCUUUUAUUUACCUUUACGCUUACGCUGUCACUGUGAUUUUUAUUGUGAUGCUGAUUGUCAUUGAGGCUCUGAAUAAGAAUGGCCAUAGCGUUAAGCCUCUGGAGUUGUGACCCGCACGCGCGCGCCCAGUCUGUACCAGCAGCGGCUAGGUGAUCUGCAGCCCCAGUCCCGAGCAUUACCAAAGAGCCACAAGCAAUACCAAUACGAGCACCAGUCCCAUUGCCAAGAGCGAGACCAAGCGAAGACGUUGGUCCUGGUGUCCAUGUAGACGACGGCUCUUGGCGCUGUCAUCGACGACACGACCACGAUGGAGAUGAGCUUGAGCUUGUGGCUGUGGUAGAGGUAGCGCCUGUUCUACUUCUGGCGAGUCUUCCUAAAACUCGCGGUAGUGGUAGUCCCAGAUGCAUCUGCAUCGCUGAAGAAGAAGAAGACGUCGACGAAGGUGAUGCUGAGGCACUUGCGCGCGUCGUUGAAGAUCAACGCUGAGACUCCAGCUGAGGAAUUAGUCUCAGUCUUAGCUGUUUCCUGAAGUUCCAGCUUGAUGCUGAGCAUGAGCUUGCCCCUUGAAAAGCCCGCGAGCCGCCUCCUCGCUUAAUUGUGGAUCCGCCCCAAGUUGCCCACGCUAUUGCCAGCCGUCGACGGCUAUGGCAGUGGGUGCGGAGCGUGUUCACAUAGCUGAGGCUGACCCAGAUCCACUGAAACUGAUCCACGAGAGUUAAUGCUAAAGCGCCUCACUAAGAAUGAAAGAGAGAAGAGGAAAGAGAGGGAAAGGCUCUAGCUGAAGGAACGAAAGGAAGAAGCGAGAGUCCGAGCCCAAGUCGGUGGCUAGUCAUAUUUCCCUCAUGAUUUUUCCAGCGUGGACGAGUGUGGUUACUUCUCUCUUGCUUUCACGUUCAUGCAGAGCAGCGCGAACGAAGGAAGGAAGUGGCGACUUCUCUCUUGGUUUUUUUUCCGCAAGUCAGUAAUAGGAUGCACGUCCUACGUUGGUUCUCUAUAUGGUUUCGCUAAGCGUACAAAACUGAUUUGCAUGCUACUCUUAUGGGUUUUUUUUUUUUUACGCCUAGCCCACUGAGGAAAAUCGUGAAUAAUUCUCCUUGUGUGACUUUUUCGCUUUAGCUACUAAAGGUUUUCUCUCUCUUCAGAUUAACCCAAUGAAAAAAAGAAAAAUUCCUUAGCCUUAGAGGUUUUUUCUCAUCGGAUGAAUCCAUUGAAAAAAACGAAAAAAUUCCUAGCCUUCAAGGUUUUUUCUCUCGUCGGAUUAUGUCCUUGAAAAAAGAAAAUCUUCUUACUGUUAUAGUAGUUUUUUUUUCUCUGAUUUAAGAGGUUCAAAAAAAUUAAAAGUAAAAAUCCGCUGAAAAUCCGGCAUCGCAUUUUUACAACGUUUUCUUUACGAGUAGACUAUAGUAUAGUAACAAAUCGAAAUCCACCAGCUUACUUUCUGAAGAAGAUGAGCAGCUUGACGUUGAGACUAUUGUAAAUACAAUUUAGAUGUUGCAAAUAAAAACUUCAGCACCAGGUGGAUAGAAGUCAUGCUGCUCGUGGUUUACGCAUGGAUGUCUGGAGAUGCAUAUUCUAAUAUAUCGCGAACGGCAUGCAGGGACUGAUGUUCUCGGUUAUGUGGCGCUAUUUCGAUGAGGAAAUCAAAAAGCGAGGCCUCUUUGGAACUGGCAAAUAGUAGCCUACAACUCGGCUUGCGGUCUCUCCGUUAUCAUUUUUUUUUGAAUGCGAAGCAUCGAACACUGUAGAUAUCGCAAGAUGUUUCUCCUGCUCCGCAGAAGAACAUGAUGAUCAAGAUGAAAUGCAACAUCUAUCAACAAAAACAAAAUACAGCAUUACUUCGAUAAGGAAUGGAAAGGGAAUAUUAUAAUAGAGAAAGACUCGGAGUAAAAAAGAACAUGAAACAAGGCAAGUAAAGAAGAAGGGAAGGGGAAGAAAACUGUUAAUCACUUCACAGUGACAAACUUUGCGUACCCUCUUGCUAGGCAAAUUCAUUCAUUCACUCGUUACAUGUAGUUGGGUGGGAAACACGGGUCGUGAGCGUCCCUGAACAGUGUGAGUAUGUAUAAUUCUUGAUGUUCUUCUCCUAAGUCUACUAGUACGAAUAUGUCUUACAUCAAAUAGAAAAGUUAUCAGUGUGAUUCAUUCAUCUGUGUUAUUUUUAUCGUCAUUCCUAGUACUUGGUUCAGCAAGCAACUCUCUCAAAAAAGAUAAGCAAACUACAAACUGUGAAGAGAGAAUCAUGUAAAGUGCUGAACAUUUUUCCUUCCAGCAGCAAAUGUGUGGAAUCCCCAUGUUGCAUUUCAAUAAAUAUAUUGUAUCAUUCUAUUGGAUGCGGAUGAUAGAGCCAACUCAUCUUCAAAAAGAUAGUCGGUCUAGCAAGGUAGAUUCAGUUUCGGCAUUUUCAUAGUCGCGAGCGCUCCCCUCUCUGUAGGUGAGCCGAUUCCUAUCCUAUCCUAUCAAGAAGAUUGUACCCGUCUAAGUCUAUGACAUUAUUGAUUAGUUCAUAAGGAGCAGGUCGUGGAGCACUCCUACUAUUUCCGGUGAAGGAGCUCUGACAUCUUCUUCCACCGCCAAGAGGAUGUUGACGACAAAAUAUUCGGGGGGACCACCUUUUUUCAUCUUAGCGAUCGGGAUGACGACACUGACACACACGCAUAGAGCAAAAACACCAUGCGUCGUUUCUUCUUGUAGCUCAAGCGCGACCAAAAACCAAAAGUAAGUCCCUAGACUUUGUUAGAUUAUCUCAGGAUCAUCAGGAACGGAGCCUCUUCCGAGAAGACCUUCGCUAAUAGUAGAUAGAUUCGUUGAUCAACUUCAUUCUCAUAUGUUGAUGUCGGCACCUUCAUGCUCUUGAAAGAUGAAGCCUCGCGCGCGAGGCUUCGGCUUUCUUGAGAAUUUAUUGUGUCUGGCGUCAUUGUGCUUUUUGACAGAUCUUCUUCCAGUGCUCAAUGCACGCGGCUAAGGUGGGAGCCCCUUCAUCCAUGAUCAACCAUGAAGAACCUUGGCCAGCCUCUUCAUUUCUGAUUCUGAAGAAGAUAUAAGAUGAAAGUAAUAGUAAAACGAAGUGAUGCCUAAUUUUUUCCAUUAGGAGAACGACGUCGUACUAUGUAAGAUG